AUGCACAUUCAACCCAAAGACGAUGAAGAGCACGCAUGCCGCAACAGAGUACAUUAUCUCACUCUGGAUCACUUUGCAGACAGUAUGCACGUAGCCACCGAAACUGAAGACUGCGAGAAGCAAAAGCGGCAAACUCGGAGUCGUGGCGACAGAGGCUAUAAGCGAAAAGACAGCGAUGCCAUCUCGAAACCAAGCUCAGCAGUAACGGAGGAGCAGGUCAAGUCGAAAGCGACAUACCCUCUUCCACCGACAGAGAUUCAUGAUGGUCGACUAUUUAGGAAGGUCGGAUAG